AUGGAGACAGGCGGUCGACCAAACGGCCACGACACUCGCCAUCUCGUGAUGGCCGCAACAAAGCCCAGCGAAAGUGUAGGAGGCGCUUGCGGUGGUCUUCGUACACGACAGGAUUGGGAACUUCAACUUCUGAGUGUUGAGAUAAAGGGUUCGUGGACUAACAGCAGCAUCUGCUUCCUGCUUAGCAGCUCUCGCAGCGGCCUUGUGUCUCUCGUUCUCCUCUUUGUUCCUUUGACGCUUCUGAACAGAGGAGUUGCCGGUGUCAACCAUCUGCCCGACGGCAGCGCUGCCCGAGCUAAUAAGCGCGUCGUUGACUUCCUUUCGUGCAUUGGGAUCGAUAUCCUACAUUGA